CACGCCAGGGAGGGGAGCUGCGUCCCAGCCCAGCGCCUGCCCGCUUCCUGCCAGCACGGGGAGGGGGAAAUAUAAACAGCAGCAUCUUGAGGACAACUGGGAUGCUGUGUCGGGACGGGCUGCGCCGGAAGCAGCGGCAGCGCUCACGGCUGAAAGUCGAAGAUGGCAGAUCCUGAAAGCACAGUCAUAAACACCAGUGUGAAACAGAAAGAUCUCAGUGAGGCACUCGUCAUUGCAGUGACCACCAGGGCCAUCUUCAGCCUGGAGGAGGAGCACAGGCUCUACCUAGAGAAGGGCAAGGAGGAGUACACAAGGCACCAGCAGGCCAACCAGGACAAGCCCCUGCCACCAGGCACAGCCUUUGCCUUCAUCCAGGCAGUGCAGCAUGUGAACAAGAAGAUCCUGGAGAGCAACCCAGCAGAGAAGGACCUCUUCGAUAUCCUGGUGCUCUCGAACAACAGCCCUGAGAGUGGUGUGCGCAUCAUCAACAGUGCCAAGCACUAUGGCCUGGAAAUCUCCAAGUUCUGCUUUGUCAGCAAUGAAGACUCUACGCAGUACCUGAAGUCCCAUGGGGUCAAGCUCUUUCUCUCAGCUGACAGGACAGAUGUCUGCAAUGCCCUCCAGAGAGGUGUCUCAGCAGCGCUCGUCUUCCAGCAGGAGGUGCAGGCCCCCAGCACCCCACUCCGUGUGGUGUUUGACGGGGAUGCCGUGCUCUUCUCCAACGAGACAGACCAGAUCUUCCAAGAGCAGGGGCUGGAGGAGGCAGUGCAGUAUGAGCAAGCAAUGGAGGAUGUGCCUAUGGGAGAGGGUCCCCUGAAAGCUUUUGCCAUGCACCUUGGGAAGAUGCGCAAGAAAUUCAGCCAGGAAAAAUCCCCCAUCCGCACCUACCUGGUGACUGCCCGCAGUGGCCGGGACAUGGGCAUCCGAGCCAUCAAGACACUCCGGGAAUGGGGUCUGGAAAUUGACGAGGCUUUCUUUAUGGACGGGGCUCCCAAGGGCCCCAUCCUGGCCCAGAUCCAGCCCCACAUUUUCUUUGAUGAUGGGCUUCACAACAUCCAGGGAGCUCGGAAUGUGGGUGUACCCUCUGCCUGGGUCCCCUCCUGCUGCUGAUGGGCUGCAGGCCAGCUGCCCUCCUUCCUAGCAGCACAGGGAACUGGGCCAAUUGAAGACACACCUUCUGGGGUGGAGAGGGAAGGAUUUCCUAACCUGCACCAAGCAAACCUCAGGGAAAGGGGCAAGAGCACUGCAUAAGAGCAUGGACUACCAGGUGAGACUUGGUGCUCAUUUCUGCUCUUCAUAUGAAGUCCUUGAGGUCUUAGGAUAAAGCCAAAAGAUGCAACUACUCCACAAAGGAAGGCCACUUUUACUGUGACACUGAGAACUACCACCUACCUGCCCUGUAGGAUCUGGGGACCUUUCUGCAAAGAAAUGAACCUAUUGCCACACACAUGAGCUAAAAGAAGUAUAAAACCAAGCACUAAAAACGCUAGCUUUGGCUGUGCUCAGGCAGUCUUCAAGAUAUAUUUCCAGGACCUCUGCCCAAAGGAAGCCUUCGAGACCCUACCUUCCCAGAUGUGCUCAACUUGGUUUACUGAAGAAGCUGAUAAGCUAGUAAGUAAGCUCUUCAGGCAGCUCCAGCCAAACUCAGCAGAGGGGAAAAGACUCCAAAGCUCUAAAGGACCUAUAAACUUUUAAAACAGGUGAACAGGUUGAAGAAAGCCCAGCUAUUCCCCCUUAUAAAAAAGAUUACAGCAUAAGUCACCUUUCCUUCGGCAUGCAGGCUCCUCACAGAGUGCCCUUAGACCCACACCGGCAGGACACGCAGCUUACAGAGCUGCAGGAGAAUGGAACAAGGCUGCAACCCAGCUCUGAGGAACAUCUAAGAGACACAGCUGCCACGUAGCUCUGAUGCUCCACCAGGAGAGGGCACUGGAGUUGAGUUGUCUACAGCACAAGCCAUGCAGGGCCGGUGCUGCAGGGGCCAAAGCAGAACUAGGUCCUGAGCCUGAGCUUAAAUGGAUCUCCAGGGCCGUGGGGGGGGAGCUCAGAUGUGGCUGCUCAGGGCAGAUGGGGUCCCUGGGUGUGCUCAGUACCCCGCCUGGCACCAAAGCUCCCCCCUCGUGCAGGGAUGCCUCUCCUCUGGCAAUGCAGACCAUGCUCCU